GUUUAUUAUUCGUACGUUUGCGCUUAAUACGUGGAGCAUCACUUUCGGUUUCCUUUCGUCAUAACUGCAACACGUCUGAGCUUCUGCUUUCCCUUCAGCGUUGCUGGCGUCAUGCUCUGGUUUCGUUUCUGGCUGACGGAGCUGCGUCAUAAGAAGCAGCUGUCGCUCCCUGCAGGCACUUCAACAUGUUUUCGUGGGGAGAGAAGUGUCAGCGGGGCUUUGGCUCUAGAAGCGCUGUGAACGUGUCGGAUGCUGGAGUUCGCCUCCUGAACCUCGGCCGUCACGUCGGGGACCUGUCUGCGGGUCACAGCGUGGUUGGCUUCGUUAAAACCAAUGGAGACGCAUUCAUCAUUCGCACCAGCGAGGACAGUGACGGAGGAAAGCAGAACCUGGUUAAAUGUAAGGAGAAGAUCCAGGCUGUGAGCUGCGGGGAUGAAGCCGUCACUCUGCUGUCUGACAGAGGCAGCGUCCUCUGUGUGGAGGUUCCUAAGCUCACUACACGGACUCCAGACGCUCUGUGUGGAAUAGCAGUUUCUCAAGUGGCUUGUGGCAGUCAGCAUUCACUCGCUCUGACCAAAGACGGCCGGGUGUACACAUGGGGGCAGGGCUCCAGGGGCCAGCUGGGUAUGGGUACCAGGAGGCUGGGGGCCAGUCCUCCCCAGCACCUCAGAGCGUUGUCAGGGAUCCCCCUGGUCCAGAUCGCUGCAGGUGGAGAGCAGAGUUUCUGUCUGUCUGUGUCUGGAGCCGUGUUCAGCUGGGGCAGGAACCACCGCGGGCAGCUCGGCCUGGGAGACACCACGGACAGAGAUGUACCUGUUGCUGUUCAUUACCUGGACAUGAAGAAAACGGUUUCUGUCUCCUGUGGAGAGGACCACACCGUCGCUCUCACCAAGGAUGGGGCCGUGUUCACCUUCGGAUCAGGUCGACACGGGCAGCUGGGACACAACUCCUUCAGGAAUGAGCUGCGUCCUCGGCUUGUUGCAGAGCUGUGGGGGUCAAAGGUCAUCCAGGUUGCAUGUGGACGACAACACACACUGAUGCUCACAGACUCUAGGAGGAUCUACUCCUGUGGGUGUGGUGACUUAGGGCAGCUGGGCCGCGGAAAGGAGACUCCCUGUGUGCCUCUGCCUGUUCAACUGCCACAAGACUCCAGGGAUGAUCUCAAAAUCAGAAAGAUCUACGCAGGAGGAAACAGUUCCUUUGCAGUAUGCAUGUCUAAUGAGAAACUUCAUGAAAGACCAAAGAUUGACUGCAUUGAAGGAACAAUGACUAAGUGGAUGUGUGAACGUGAUUCAAAGACACGGAAACAGAUUAAACAGAAAAUCCUGAGGAUGUUUUGUUCUGCAUCCUGUGUGAACGGGAGCUUCCUGGAGCAAAGACAGGAUAAACAUUUCCAGACCUCUUCAAAUUACUCUGGUGUGGACUUGUCACUUGUUAAAAGCAAACUGGAGGAACUGAUGGAGAGAAAUGUUGUGGAGAAGCUCGAGCUUGCUGUUGUGGAGUUGCUUCGCUCGCUUGAUAAAAAGCCGGUGGGAGUAGAGGGUCUGAGGAUCUACCUGCUGGUCAACGAGCUGAUGCAUGUGAUACAGGAACACAAGCUGCAUCCAUGUGUAGAGCUGGCAGCAGCGGCGGCCGGCGCCAUGCAAAGACUUGGUGGCCAAGGCCUCCAAACCCUAGGCAACUGGUGGUGUUCACUGUCAGCGCACACUAUGAGCAGGUACGUCAAGGUAUGGACUCAGGCCCUCUCAGCCCUCCUCUCCUCUGAGCUUUCAGACACCUCAGGAGUGAAGAACGUGCUCAAAGUCCUCCAGCAUAUGUACAAUGUGAACAAGGGGACUGAAGGACGCCAGAGGAUCCCUGAUAGCACAUACUGUCUGGAAAUAAAGCAGGAAGUUCUGAACAGGGACGUAACACUUUGGCGCUCAAAGAAUUUUCCACCACUUCUCCUCUGUAACUUCCAAUUUGUGAUGGAUCUCAAGUCAAAGAAAAUGGCAUUUGAAAUCAACGCUGUGCUCACUCAGGUAGAGCGCCAGAGGAGAGCUUUGGGUCUGGUCCCUUUACCUGAAAGUAAUUUCUUUGAACUAAAGCUGAAGCGAGCAUCACUUUUGGAGGACUGUUUUGAACAACUGGCUGGGGUUGAUGACCAUAGCCUCCAGAAGCCACUGGUGGUGUAUUUCGAUGGGGACCCAAAGCUCACAGAUGUCUACAAACGAGACUUUUUUCACCACCUGUGUCGGGACUUGGUGUCCACCAAGUCUGAGAUGUUCAUGUUUAACGACGUCAAGACGCUUGUGUGGUUCCCCUCCAAAGCAACAAAGGAGUUCAGGUCCAAUUUCUUCCUGUUGGGGCUUCUGUGUGGUUUGGCCUUGUACAACCAGUGCAUCAUAGACUUAUCCUUCCCACUGGUUCUGUUCAAGAAGCUACUCAACAUCAAACCGACACUUGAGGACAUGAUGGAGUUCUGCCCAACUGUUGCAGAGAGCCUGCAGUGGAUCCUGGAAUAUGAAGAUGAUGUCUUAAAAGAACUGGGCCAGGAGUUUACGAUCUGCUGGGAUAAUAGGGACGUUAAACUUGAUCCCCAAAACCCUGAAAAGCCAGUGACAGGUCAAAAUAGGAAAGAGUUUGUUGAAGCCUACGUGAAUCACGUCUUCAACACAUCAGUGGCCGGCGUGUUUCAGGAGUUUAGACGAGGCUUCUUCAAGGUGUGUGACCGGGAUUUGGUGAAGCUGUUUCGACCAGAGGAGCUGCAGGGAGUUCUGGUUGGUAAAGGUGUCUACGACUGGGCCAAGCUGAAACAGAACACACAGUAUGAGACAUACAACGCUAGGCACCCCACCAUACAGAUGUUUUGGGAGGUCUUUGAUGAACUCUCUGAAGAACAGAAGAAAGAUUUUCUUUGGUUUGUCACGGGUUUCAGGAGGGCUCCUAUUCUUGGAAUGGACCAAACGAAGAUGUGCAUUCGUAUGAAGUACAUCUGGAGCGGCUCCUGCGAUCAGCACUUCCCAGAGUCUUUGACCUGUCACUCCAUUCUGGAGCUGCCCUUGUACUCAACAAAGGAGAUCAUGAGGGAGAGGCUUACACAUGCCCUGAUACCAGAGAGUGCUUUCUUCUUAAAGGCUACAUGAAGGCACACGUAUAGUGUACAGUAGUGUUCAUGCUGACCCUACUUCACAAUGACAAACCAGAUCAUUGCACUUUAAAAUUUAAGCAAAGGCUAAAAUUCUUAAUCAUUCCACCGACAUAAAUGUGUAACUAUAUACUGUGUACAAACUGUUUGUUUGUAAUUUAACUAAUUAUUUUAUUUAUGCCUGUAUACAUCCUUUAUAUUUGCACUACAAAUCUACAUAACUGUGUGAUACAAUUUACUUUGACAAUGUUUAAAUUAACUUAAAUUGAAUCCAGAAAGAUCUAAUAUAACACUAUGACGACCCAUAACACAAUAAAUCUUAUUCUUGUGACA